AUGACAGCAGCAGACGUCAACUCUUCCACGCCCAACUGGAGCGCGCUGAUUUUCCGGACCCUGUCAGUCAUCAGCAAGCCAAGCUUGCUGGAGGAUGCAGACACAGCCAAGAAGGCCGAGGCAUUGAGGGGACUGUACACGCUGUGGUACGCGGCGGGGACAUCGCUGGGCAUUCUGCCAGCGCUACCGGGGCAGCAGAAGGACGUCCUGCCGCACUUUGCGAUCGACCUACCCCUCACAGGCACGGCUGCCAUCAAGGACGGCCGCCUGGGCUACACCAACAAGACCCUCACCUGGCAGAACACGGAGCAGAGCUUGCUGCCGACUGCGCCGGGGCGGAUUCUGGCGCCCAGCACAGUGGGGCAGGUCGUCUCUGCGGUGAAGGCAGCCGCCGCAUCCGGCGAGAAUGUGCGCUGCAUCGGCCAUGGCAACUCCUGGACGCCAGUCUUCUUCGACGCGGGAGCCACCGUCAUCUUUACUGCAGAGCUGCUUCUGCCGUCAGGAAAGCGAAUUGAGCUGAUUGGGUCAGAUGCAGAUGGCAGCCCCCUUGUCCGCAUAGCGCCAGGCGUACAAGCCGGCGAGCUGUCUCAAUGGACUGAUGACAACGCGGUCCUGCUGAAUUACUCGGCGCUACCGGCGCAAGUGGCCACCACAAUGCCACGCAUGGCUGGUGCCAUAUCCACUGGAAGCCAUGGCAAGGGGCUGGGCUUUGGAGCAAUUGCGGACUUUGUGCACAGCAUCAAGAUUGUGAAUGGUGCUGGGGAGGUGAUAGAGUACACUGCCAGCCAUCCUCUAUUUAACGAAGCAAGGUUCAAUUUUGGGCUGAUGGGCAUUAUUGUGGAGAUUGUGUUUGCAUUCUCAAGCCGCACUCAGUAUCCUGACUUGCCCUUCGUGUACGACAACAACACAUUCCCCACUUUGAGGGAGGUUUUCGGACGGCCGGACGCUGCUGCUUACAUCAAGGCGCAGACUCCCCACUUCGAUGGCUCCAAGUGGGAUCCUCUGGAUGACAAGCUCUGGAUCACAGCCGCCACGCGUGCGGCCAUUCCCUCAGACGGCACUCAGCCCAAGAAAUUCAACAACGACGCUCUGUCAAAGCCUAACCUGGCCCUCAAUGCUGCCACAUACCUUGGCUGGCUGAUUGCAGAGAUUGCGCAGCAGACAGGAGAUCUGGACCUGCAGGUGCUGUCAGCGAGCGUUCAGGUGGUCCUCUUGCAGAAUGUGGUUGUGAAGAGCGGCCUGAAAACACUCCCAUCGCAGAUCCACUACCAGCCCGGCCUGCAGCAGGACCACAUCUACGACUUUGAGCUGUGCUUCAAAGUCUCAGAGGACUUCCAGAACGUGGUGGAUGCCUGGAAUGCUGCUGUCAGCAUUGCCAAAGACAUCAUUGUGCAGUAUGGAAGCAAUGCCCUCAAUGUGGCAGUAGAGUGGCGUUUCACAGGCGGCAGCUCUGUGACUCUGGAGGGAAAUCAUGGCGAACCUGAUGACAUAUACUGCUGGAUAGAUGUUCUGGGGAAUGUAUGGACGCCGCACUGGGAUGAGUUUGUGAAGAGGGUCUUUGAUGCCUGGACUGUCAUCAGUCCUGACAGCCCGCCCAAGCCACACUGGGCAAAGUGGAAUGCGCUGACAGAGGAGCAGCUGCUGCACAGUGGGCAGGGAGUGCCUCAGACCUACUGGGAGACAUAUGUCAAGAAGGUCAUGGACCCCCAGAUAGCUGCAUUCAGGCCGGCUGUCGCCGCUGCAGACCCGGCUGGUGUGUUCAGGAAUGAGUACCUCGACAACCUGCUCGGCAUCGGACAGGCUUGA